CUUCCAAAGGUUUGCUGACAAGAUAGAAACGGCUGAAGUAAAGUCAGUUUUAUGGGGUUUUCUCGUCAAGUCUCUACCUCCCUCUAAGGUUUUUUUUACAUUGACGAUUGCGCUGUUGAAACCAUAGCCACGACAACCCAUUCACAGAUGUUAAAAAAAUAUAUAGUUUUUGAAACCACGGACUACUUCGAUUUGUGUGAAGAAACGCAAGUCUCGUCUGGCACUUGAAUAGGUGGAUCUCUCUCUCACUCUCUCUCACUCUCACGCUCUCUCUCGCUCUCUCUCGCUCUCCCCCCUCUUUCUCUCCCGGGGCGGAGCGGAGUGCGAGUAUCCUAGCUUAGCGUCGAGGAGAGCGAGACUAGCGGGAGUGCAGACAUGGGGAACCGGGGGAUGGAGGAUUUGAUUCCCCUCAUUAACAAACUCCAGGACGCCUUCAGCUCCAUCGGGCAGAGCUGCAACCUCGACCUGCCGCAGAUAGCUGUGGUCGGCGGCCAGAGCGCUGGGAAGAGCUCUGUGUUGGAGAACUUCGUAGGAAGAGAUUUUCUUCCUCGAGGGUCUGGUAUCGUCACUCGUCGUCCACUCAUCCUCCAGCUGGUCAACAACCAAGCAGAGUAUGCAGAGUUCCUCCACUGUAAGAGCAGGAAGUUUGUGGACUUUGAGGAAGUUCGUCAGGAGAUCGAGGCAGAGACUGACCGCCUGACUGGAUCCAACAAGGGCAUCUCUGCUGUCCCCAUCAACCUCCGUGUGUUCUCCCCUAACGUUCUGAACCUGACCCUGAUCGACCUGCCGGGAAUGACCAAGGUUGCCGUGGGCGACCAGCCAGUGGACAUUGAGCAGCAGAUCAGGGAGAUGCUGAUGCAGUUCAUCACCAAGGAGAGCUGCCUCAUCCUGGCCGUCACCCCCGCCAACACAGACUUGGCCAACUCUGACGCCCUCAAGAUCGCCAAGGAGGUCGACCCGCAAGGGUUAAGGACCAUAGGGGUCAUCACCAAGCUGGACCUGAUGGACGAGGGAACGGACGCACGAGACAUCCUGGAGAACAAGCUGCUGCCGCUACGCAGAGGCUACAUCGGGGUGGUGAACCGCAGCCAGAAGGACAUCGACGGCAGGAAGGACAUCAAGGCGGCUCUGGCAGCAGAAAGGAAGUUCUUCCUGUCGCACCCUGGAUACAGACACCUGGCUGAGCGCAUGGGGACCCCUCACCUGCAGAAGACCCUCAACCAGCAACUGACCAAUCACAUCCGUGACACGUUGCCGGGGUUACGCAGCAAGCUGCAGAGCCAGAUGCUGUCCCUGGAGAAGGAGGUGGAGGAGUACAAGAACUUCCGCCCCGACGACCCCACACGCAAGACCAAGGCCCUGCUGCAGAUGGUGCAGCAGUUCGGGGUGGACUUUGAGAAGUGCAUCGAGGGAUCAGGUGACCAGGUUGACACUGCCAGCCUAUCAGGAGGAGCCAAGAUCAACCGCAUCUUCCACGAGCGCUUCCCAUUCGAGCUGGUCAAGAUGGAGUUUGAUGAGAAGGAGUUGAGGAAGGAGAUAAGCUAUGCCAUCAAGAACAUCCACGGAGUCAGGACAGGCCUGUUCACCCCUGACCUGGCCUUUGAGGCCAUAGUGAAGAAGCAGAUCGUCAAGCUCAAGGAGCCGUGCCUGAAGUGCAUCGACAUGGUUAUUCAGGAACUGGUCAACGUGGUCCGACAGUGCACCAAUAAGCUUGGCUCCUACCCCAGAUUAAGAGAGGAGACAGAGAGAAUCGUCACCACCUAUGUCAGAGAGAGGGACAGCAAGACCAAAGACCAGGUUCUGCUGUUGAUUGACAUUGAGCUCUCAUACAUCAACACCAACCAUGAGGAUUUCAUCGGCUUUGCAAAUGCCCAGCAGAGAACAGCAGCCAAAGCUACCAUUAAUAAGAAGAGAGUCAUGCCCAACCAGGUGAUCCGGAGGGGCUGGCUCACCAUCAACAUCAGCAUCAUGAAGGGGGGGUCCAAGGACUACUGGUUUGUCCUGACCGCAGAGUCUCUGUCCUGGUACAAGGAUGAGGAGGAGAAAGAGAAGAAGUACAUGCUGCCUCUGGACAACCUGAAGCUGAGAGACGUUGAAAAGGGCUUCAUGUCAGCUAAACACAUCUUCGCCAUCUUCAACACAGAGCAACGGAACGUGUAUAAGGACCUGCGUCAGAUUGAGCUGGCCUGUGACUCUCAGGAGGAUGUGGACAGCUGGAAGGCCUCUUUCCUCAGAGCAGGAGUCUACCCUGAGAGGGACCAGGUAGAGAGUGAGGAUGUCCUGUCUCCUAGCGACAGCGUCUCCAUGGACCCCCAGCUGGAGCGCCAGGUGGAGACCAUCAGGAACCUGGUGGACUCCUACACCGGCAUCGUCAACAAGGCCGUCCGAGACCUCAUGCCCAAGACCAUCAUGCACCUCAUGAUCAACAGCGCUAAGGACUUCAUCCACUCUGAGCUGCUGGCAUACCUGUACUCCUCCGGGGACCAGAACAGCCUGAUGGAGGAGUCAUGUGACCAGGCCCAGCGCCGUGACGACACGCUGAGGAUGUACCACGCCCUCAAAGAGGCGCUGCACAUCAUCGGUGACAUCACCACCACCACUGUCUCCGCCCCCCUGCCCCCGCCCGUGGACAACUCCUGGAUGGCCAAGGAACCCAGCCCCCCCCCUGCUGCCCGCCCCCCCCCUGCCUCUGCCCCCGCUCCCAGUCGCCCCCCAGCAGUGAGAGGCUCCACCCCCGGUCCCCCUCCCCCCCUGAACCCUGCCUCCACCCCGGCCUACAUCACCCCUCCCAUCCCCUCCCGACCCGGGCCCCCCCCAGAGCUCCAACCCCAGGUCCCCUCCAGGCCGGCCCGCAUACCCCCCGCCCUGCCGCCCGGCAUCCCCAGUAGAAGACCUCCAGCAGCUCCCAACCGUCCCACCAUCAUACGACCUUCAGAACCCUCCCUGCUGGACUAAACACACAUACUGUACACACACACACACACAUACUGUACAUACACACACAGAUACUGUACACACACACACACAUACUGUACAUACACACACAGAUACUGUACACACACACAUACUGUACAUACACACACAGAUACUGUACAAACACACACACACACAUCCGUGCACAUACAUGCACCUAAACACAUACGCUCUUAAAAUCACACUCACUAUUACACGCACACACACAGCCUGCAAAUGAUCCAUUCGAUUUGUUGUGUUUGAUAAGAUUGUUUAUUGAUUAGGAAGUCUGCCACCUUCGUUUUAUCUAUUAUCUAUGUAAUGCAAUUUAAAUUCCUUGUACUCAAAUAGUAUUAUUAUUGAAAACUGUUGUCUGCUUCAGUGCAGACACUCUUUGUACUUCUGACAUAUGUGACAUUUAACUGACUGAAUGAGUCAGCUCUAAAAAGGGACGAUUUUACAAUCAGGAAAUGGGACGCAUGUGUCUGUGGUGUUUGAGAAAAAAGAAAACGUGCUUUGUUCUAACAACGAUAUCACGGUUAGAAAGACAACACAGCUUUUUCUUAAAUCCUUUAUAUUUUAUAACAGACUUCAAUUUAUUCUUAAUUUUGUUCCAAUAGGGGAUGUGAACGAGUGAAUGAAUGACCAAACUAAUGAGGGGAUAAGAAGGUUCGAAGCUGGGGAACGGAUAAAUAUAAAUAAAAUCAUAGCGUGAUACAAAAAUAAAAGACGGAUGAAUUACUCUGUGAUCGACUAUAUUUCCUUCCCUCUCUGCCUGGGAGCAGUUUGGAUGCACUGGUUUGAUUGAGAUUUGAACCAGGGGUACCGUGUUUGGCAGUAGACUCGAUGGAACACAUGCUAACCCACUGAGCCACAGAGGGUUCCUUUCUACAAGACAGCCCCCCGUGCCACAGAGCUUCCUCAGACCCCUCCCCCACACGCCUCUCCUACCUGCCGCACGUACAUAUUGUUCUUACCUGUAAAUCGAAAAUAUUACUUUACACCCCGGAGAAGAAGUUGACCCUAUCUAUUAUCAUUGUAUAAUUCGCACUCUGAUUCAAAAUCCUUUUAAAAUUGAAGACAUUGUUAUUAAUUUGCUUCCAUAACAGUGAGUGUGAGAAAGUGUGUGUGUGCGUGUGUGAGGUUACAAAUACAAUAAAGCACGGCAAACAACAAUAGAGACGUGAAUCAAAUCUCGUUUUAUUGUGUAAAAACAAUUCAAUAAAAUUCAGUAACUGCCA